AACCACCAACUGGAACCCCAUAGCAAACCCUAAACCCCCUUCUUCCGGAAUCACUACCGCCCCUCCCUGUCCGCCCUCCCGGCCGUCGGCGCGAUGCGACGCUUCUUCGCCCACCUGCACCGCCAUACCCAAAUCGUUCUCCCUCCCCCGCCUCGUAAACCCUCCCCAACCACCACCAUCCCCUUCCUCGUACCCCGUCGCCUCCUCUCCGACGACGCCUCUCCCCCCGCCGCAGCGCAGCCGCCGCCGCCUCCGCGCUCCGCCGACGUCCCUAACCCAGAGUUGAAGAAUAGGUUGGAGACAUACUAUGGGGUGGAUGAAGAGGUAGAGUUACCAUCUGUGGCUGAGGCAGUUCUUGGGCGGAAGCUUGCUGGUGUCCACAGUGAGACCGAUGAUGACCUUAUUGAGGAGCUACGCAGUCAGCCGGUCCCUGAGGUCCGUGACCGUGAUUUUGAGUCCGACUUUGAGGAGAUGCAUGAUACCGAUGAGGAGCUAAAUGAUCUCUACAAUGUGAGUGAGUAUGUUGAGAAGAAGAUCAAGAGUGAUGAGUUCUUUAAUAUGGAUGACACCAAGUGGGAUGCUAUGAUCAAGGAGGCAACAGAUAAGGGGCACCUCACUAACAUGAAGGAGUGUGAGGAUAUCCUCGAGGACAUGCUCCACUGGGACAAACUACUGCCUGAUGAGAUUAAGCAAAAGGUGGAGGCCAAAUUUAACGAGUUGGGAGACAUGUGUGAGAGGGGACAGAUGGAACCUGAGCAGGCAUACGACUUGUUCAAAGAAUUUGAGGAUAAGAUGGUUGCUGAGUGCACAGAACUAAUGGAAGAGGAGAUGCCAACUGACCCAGAUGAACUUACUGAAACAGGAAGUAAGAAAGUUGAGGUAGAUGAUCCACCUGGCGAUGGACCUGUUCUAAGGUGGGAAUCACAGAUUGUGUUUGCUCCUAGUGGUGAUGCAUAUCAUCCCAAAAACAGAAAAGUCAAACUCAGUGUAACUGUGAAGGAAUUGGGUCUUUCACGGCAUGCUUUACGUCGGUUACGUGAAGUUGUUGGAAAGAGGUAUAAUUCUGGGAAAGAUGAGCUCACAAUAACCAGUGAAAGGUUUGAACAUCGGGAGGAAAACAGAAAAGAUUGCUUAAGGACAAUAUAUAUUCUAAUAGAAGAUGCAAUGAAAGCCAAUAAACUUGUUGAGGAUGCUAGAAAUGCUUAUGUAAAAGGAAGACUUGAGGCUAAUCCUCAAUUCAUGGAACGUUUGAAGAGGAAGACAGAGAAAUUGAGGGCAGCUGCAUAAGGAUUAUUUUGGAGCUCCUCGUUGGAACAGAUCCCCUUUUUCCUUUAUCAACAUGAUGACUGUUCUAUUUUCUCAUUUUUACUGUUGGCUGUACCACAGAGGGAAAAUAAUAUUUUUUGUGAACUUGUCAUGCCCAAGCUGAUCAGUUUGUUCGAGAGAUUUGUGAGAAGACAAUAUCUUGAUCAUCUCGUAUAACAAAGUCAACAAACAUUUCCAGUUUA